AAACACUUGGCCCAGUCUUAUCAUCCAACGUACGUUGCACAUAGAGGGUCACGGAUCGACGGAAACCUUAGAAUUGUUUCGGUCCUUUAAGCAAAUAUUUCCAAAUGAAACUUUUUACAACCGGGUUGACAUUAAAAUGAAAUCAUAAAUGACUACACACAUUUGAUUGGAGUGCAGAGGACGUGCUUUCGUCAUUGGAAGAUCAGGAUUAUUCAGAGCUUGCGGCUGUAAUAUAACUGUUAGUGGAAAUUGUUUUUAACUUAAAACGGAUAAAUUUAAACCUCAUGAAGGCUGUAAAAAAUAUUCGUUGGAGAUUAACGCCGAUGAUGUUGAAACAUUAAAAUAAUCAAACAAGUGACGUAAUGUAAUCUAGAAAUACGACAGACACGACAUUGCCUCGCUAUAGAAGUAAUGUGUUUAUUGUGUUGUUGAUUCCUAUAGUGUACAGGAACGGUGGGAUUGAUUUAUUCAAACUUGGAAGUUCAAGGUCUUAUCAUAUUGUUCCAGUUACAGUAGGAAGCCUUAACAUGGUCAUCUUGCGAGAUAACACACUAAGUGCACAUUAAUAUUAUGUGAAAACAUAACUUUCAUUUCACAAAGCUGUCUCUUGUAUUUCAUUCAGUCUAUAUAAUAAUCUUAGACUGCCUGAUGCAUUUUUAAAUAUUUCUGUCAACCUUUGUGCUUCAUUCUAUCGGGUUUGUGGGGUUAAAACUGUUUUAUUUAUAGACAAUGAAUCUAUUUAAAUAAUUUAUUAGAAGUCUUCUAUGUAGAAUGUAGACAAUUACUGAACAAAUGCUCUAAACUUCAAUGAUCGAAACUCCAUUUAUUUGUUGAAGGUGUUAGAUAGGUGUCUAGGCGGUAUCUAGUAGGGAUGUCUAGAAGGGGUGUGUAGGAUGGGUGUGUAAGAGGGGUGUGUAAGAAGGGUGUGUAGGAUGGGUGUGUAGGAUGAGUGUAUAGGAUGGUGUGCAGGAUGGGUUUCUAGGAUGGGUGUGUAGAAUGGGUGUCUAGAAUGUGUGAACGAUGGGUGUGUAGGAUGGUGUGUAGGAUGGGUGUCUAGGAUGGGUGUGUAGGAUGGUGUGUAGAAUGGUGUGUAGGAUGGGUGUGUAGGAGGGGUGUGUAGGUUUGGUUUCCAGGACGUAUGUGUACAAUGGGUGUCUAGAAUGGGUGUGUAGGAGGGGUGUGGACGAUGGGUGUGGAGAAUGGGUGUCUAGGAUGGGUGUGUAGGAUGGGUGUCUAGGAUGGGUGUGUAGGAUUGGUUUCCAGGACGUGUGUGUACAACGGGUGUCUAGAAUGGGUGUGUAGGAGGGUUGUCUAGGAGCAGUAUCUAGUAGGGAUGUCUAGGAUGGGUGUGUAGGAUGGGUGUGUAGUGUAGGGUGGGUGUGUAGGAUGGAUGUCUAGGAUGGGUGUGUAGGAAGGGUGUCUGGGACGGGUGUCUAAAAUGGAUGUGUAUGAUCGGUGUCUAGGAUGGGUGUGUAGGAUGGGUGUCUAGGAUGGGUGUGUAGGAUGGGUGUGUAGGAGAGGUGUUGAAGUUAAUAUGUUAUGAAUGCAAUAUUUCAGAUUACGUCAUGCCAUCUCUGAGCAGACGACCAGGAUUGGGUGACCGUUGCAGACGAAGGAUGGACAAAAUGUGUAUUGCUGUAUUACUUCUCAAUGCCAUCAUAUUGAUCUUUUACAAUCGAAUGGGUAGUUCGAUACAGUUGAUUGGGGCAGGUAAGAAAGAAAACUUUGAAUGUAUUCACUAUUCUGAUAUUGUUUGUUAGUUUUUUUUUAAAUAUUCUUUAUGUUAAAUUCGCUUUUAUUGGUGGCUGGCUGGCGCCUGACUGGCGGACUGGGUGGCGGACUGGGUGUCUGACUCGGUGGCUGACUCGGUGGCUGACUGGGUGGCUGACUGGGUGGCUGACUGGGUGGCGGAUUUGAUGGUUGACUGGCUGGUUGACUGGCUGGUGGACUGGCUGGUGGACUGGCUGGUGGACUGGAUAGUGGACUAGGUGGUGAACUGGCUGGUGGACUGGAUUGUGGACUAGGUGGUGAACUGGGUGGUGGACUGGAUAGUGGACUAGGUGGUGAACUGGCUGGUGGACUGGAUUGUGGACUAGGUGGUGAACUGGGUGGUGGACUGGAUAGUGGACUAGGUGGUGAACUGGCUGGUGAACUGGUUGGUGGACUGGGUGGUGGACUAGAUGGCGAACUGGGUGGUGGCUUAGGUGGUGGACUGGCUGGUGGACUGGCUGGUGGAUUUGCUGGUGGACUGGCUGGUGGACAGGGUGUUGGAUUGGGUGGUCGAUUAGGUGGCAGACUGCCUGGCGGACUGGCAGGUGAACUAGGUGGCGGACUAGGUGGCGGACUGGCUGGUGGACUGGAUGGCGGACUAGCUGUGGACUGGCUUGUGGACUUGCUGGUGGACUGGCUGGUGGACUGGCUGGUGGACUUGCUGGUGGACUGGCGGGUGGACUGGCAAAAUCUUGGGAUGGCUAAUGGACCCGAUUCCCGUCUAGCUCUCGAGCUGAAACUUGGCACAUAGAUUCUUAUCCGAUAACAACACAUUGUAUCGAAUGUUCAAUCCCAACCUCCAAAAAUCACCAGUUUUCCAAAGGAUAUGGACGAAAUGGGAUGCCGCUGAUUUCGUGAAAUAAAAUUUCCGUUAACUGUGCUAAAUUAAAUUCUUUUUUUUUUUAAUAUCGCAAGUGCGUUUGGUGGGUAAAAUAUUUUUUUUCUGAAAUAUUUGGUUAAAGAAAUCAGCAAUGUCAAAGCGGGAGGGUCAUUAGAAUAUUAAUAUAAUUCAGGGGCGUGGAAAAAAUGCUGUAGCAAGCCUUGCAGGAGGGGGGAGCACUAAUUGUAAUUCUUAUGAAGUGUGUUACUUGCAUUCAUGUUUUGUCAAUUUUUAGCCCCCUACCCACACACCCACAAAAAAAAGGGGGUUCGAAAUUACUUUUUAUAAAUAUUUAUAUGAAAAACUUUGUUUUUAGGGUUUUUUUUAUUUAUUCUUUUUUUCGUAAUCAUCUUCAAUACGUUUUAAGCAGUUAAAACUUGUGGACCCCUGCUACUGACAGCUUAUUCUUACUAAACAUUUAUAAUGUAUCCCCAUUGGACUGAGUGCUCGGAGGCAAUGUCAUCGAGACAACGAAAAACAAUACCAGCAAUCCAUUGGAUGUGACUCGUUAGGCAAACUAUGAAAUCACACAUCAAAACGGAGUCCCACAGGCAGGCUGACAUUGAGCACAGGGAGAUACACGAGAAAACUUCUGGUCGUCUACUGCAUCGUGGUCUAUUUCCAGUCUUCAUCACAAGUCUUGCCUUUGGGUCAAAUAAGCAAGGAGGAGAGAGUGAUGCUGACGAAUUGAGUAAUGAUCUCCCUUGAAUCAAACUACAGCUCACUUUAAGGCUUCUACUCAAGUCGAACAUUGAUUUGGUCAUCUUUCCGCGCGAGGGACGAACAAUAAAAAAUAAUUAUCAGACAUUUGAUGGACAGCUUAGUCUUACCGGACAUUGUAUUAUAUUCCCGUUUUCAAUUAUCUUCAAUGUACAUUAUCUGAUCUACAUGCAUCUAGGUGGCUAAAAGAUAGAGAUAUAGAUAUAGGUAGUUAAUAGAUAAAUAAAUACACACACACACACAUAUAUAAAUAUACGGGGUGACCCAAAAUAGUGAGAACAUCUGAUAGCAAAGGUUUAUUUCAUAAAAUUGAAUUAAUACAAUGUUUUGUCACUUAUGGCCACCUGAAAUUGUCAUGAUAAUGACACCAUAAAGUUAUGUAGGUACAUAAGUAGAUCAGUGAAUGUAUAAAGUUAAGAAAUGUUGAUAUAAUUAUAUGACAUUGUAAGAGAUGUUUGCAAUUUUUCUGGGCCCUCCUGUAUAUGUAAAGGGUUUUUUAAAGAGAUCUUGUUUGAUCUAGGUUGUUAAAAGAUGUUUUUGAUCUAGGUUGUUAAAUAUCUAUAUUUAUCUCGGUCUAGGUCGUGGCAUGAAAAAAUCUGCACCCGGGCCAUAUCUUUAUGUCACAUCUUUAAGCCGCCUCCCUGAUUUAAAAAGAUCAGACAGUUUACUGUGGUCUUAUCGUGACUUCCUCAUUUCAAGACAACAAUCAUUUCAUUUCUAUAUUUAUAUAAUAUUUUCAUUGGACUCCAGUGCAUAUAGUAAUGUGCUUGCUCAAACCCAUGCUUGCUGCCGAUACAUUUAGAUUAAGGAAAAGUGUCCGAUCCUUUCAUAAACCUGAAACCUUUCCGUUUGUCAUCAGACACAGCAAGCUGUCAAAACCUUAUCCUCAAAUGGCGUCAAGGGGUCAGAGGAGGCCAGCAGGACUUUGGCAGACGUGACGAGGUCAGCGACCUUCUGAAAGACGUCAUUAAGGGUUGGGAGGAUGUGAAAAAUCGAAUCGAUGACGUCAUGAAAAGAGACGCUGCCGUAAAUUAUCUUAAUAAUGCAUCCAAAAUGGAGACCGUCAAAGGAGGAAGUGACGUCAGAGAUGUUAGACACGAGGAAUCACUGGAGAGAAAUGACCACGAAAGACGAGACAAAAUAUUGGAACAUUUCCAAGAACAACAAGAAGUCAAAGAUUUGUGUCCCCUUGUGUCCCGAGGACUUGGUGAGUGUGGUGCCUGUUAUAAUAAAUGUUGUAUGACAUCAAAUCUAUUGCUGUAUGACAUCAGAUCUAUGGCUGUUAGGCCUCAGAUCUAUUGCUGUCUGGCUUCAGAUCAAGUGUUAAUGUUACAUGACCUGAGAUCUAGUGCUUUAACUAAAUGUUGUAUUGCCUCAGAUCUAGUGUUGUAACUAAAUGUUGUAUUGCCUCAGAUCUAGUGUUGUAUCUGAAGGUUGUAUUCCUUCAGAUCUAGUGUUGUAACUAAAUGUUGUAUUUCCUCAGAUCUAGUGAUGAAACUAAAUGUUAUUUUGCCCCAGCUCUAGUUUUGCACCGUACCAGCACGUGUUACACUAUUAAUUGUCUCAUUGGUACGACUCGAAACAUAUAUCACUGUAUCCAUCCAAUCCACACUAUUUUCAAAACUAUUUUACACUAACGUGCCCAACCCAAUGAUCCCGUCUAAUCCUAAAAAACUAACUAAUAUUUCCAGAGGGUAAUCCUAAUAAACUUUCUUAUAAUACAAGAGAGGAAUUCUAACAAACAAUCUUAUAUUUUCAUAGAGUAAUCCUAACAAACUAUCGUAUAUUUCCAGAGGAUAAUCCUAACUAACUUUACCUGAUAGUUCCUGAAGGAAAUCCUACAAAAUAUCUUAAAUUUCCAUAGGGUAAUCCCAACCAGCUAAUUUAAAUUUCCAGAGGGUAAUUCUAAGAAACUAUCGUAUAUAUUUCCAGAGGGUAAAACUAACAAACACGCAUAAUAUAUUUCCAGAGGUUAACACUAACAAACACUCGUAUAUUUCCAGAGGGUAAUCUAAGUUGUAAGUGUGAACCUAUCACACCAAAGGAACUGCAGACCCGUUUCCCUGAGCUCAAAGAUGGCCGCCUCAUGCCUACUGACUGCAUCGCCAGGGAACGGCUUGCAAUAAUCAUACCUUACAGGUAAAUUAUGGGCUGUAAUCAUUCUAUACAGGUAAAUUAUGGGCUAUAGUUCUUCUAUACGCAGGUAAAUUAUGGGUAAUAAUCUUUUUAUACAGGUACAUUAUGGGCUAUAAUUAUUCUAUACACGUUCGUUAUGGGAAAUAAUCAAUCUAUACAAGUAGAUUAUGGGCUUUCAUCAUUCUAUACAGGUUAUUUAUAUGGGGGGAAAUCAUUUUGUGCAGAUUAUACAGAUAUACUAUCAUGUCCUAAUACAGAUAUACUAUCAUGUCCUAAUAAAGAUAUAGGCCUACUGUCAUGUCCUAAUACAGAUAUACUAUCAUGUCCUAAUACAUAUAUACUAUCAUGUCCUAAUAAAGAUAUACUGUCAUGUCCUAAUACAGAUAUAAUAUCAUGUCCCAAUAAUGCCUACUUAUGUGAAUCUGUAUCACUUCUCCCUGCCUACUAAUGUGAAUCUGUAUCACUUCUCCCUGCCUACUAAUAUGAAUCUGUAUCACUUCUCCCAGGGACCGCUUCUCACAUCUCCACGUAUUACUUGACCAGCUCAUACCAAUCUUAAAAAAACAACAGGCUGACGUCACAUUUUUCGUUGUUGAGCAGGUAAAACAAGUAUUACCUUUGAUGCGUUUCACCAAUAUGUGAGUCAUGUUAAGACCUUUGUGAGAAUAAUGGCUGUGUUUUAUUUGGUACUUGAUAAGUUACAUAUACAUCUAUUUAAACACUUGGCAACAUCUAUUUAAACACUUGGCAACAUCUAUUUAUACAAUGGGCUAAAAUAAUUUAUACACUUGGCUAUAUUAUUUAUACACAUGGCUACAAUGAUUUAUACAUUUGUCUACACCUAUUUAUACACUUGGCUAUAUUUAUUUAUGCCCUUUGCUACAUCCCUUUAUAUACUUGGCUGAAGCUAUUUGUAGAUCCGCUACUUGUGAUUACACAACAAAACACUGUCAUUUCAUUUCCAAAAUGCUGUCAUUACAUAUUCACAACAACGUGCUGUCAUUCUAUAGCCAUAACAAAAUACUGUCAUUCCACCGACACAAAACAAUGAUGUCAUUUCUUGUCCACAACAAAAUGCUAUCAUUCCAUACUCACAACAAAGUGCUGUCAUUCAUACAAUGUUUUCGUGGUGCCUACUCAUAGUUUGAUUGAUGGAAGUCAUUAGCUUGGUAGAUCUUUGCAAUGUCCCCCCAUGUCUUCUGUCGCCCACUCAGGCAGGAGAUGAACCUUUCAACAGAGCCUUGCUGCACAAUGUCGGCUUUUUGGAAUCUGCGAAAGUUGGCAGCUUUGACUGCUACGUAUUCCAUGACGUCGACCUCGUGCCAAUGAACGACAACAAUUUCUACAGAUGUGCCGCCAACCCUCGAUUAUUUGCGGCAGCUAUUCAACGCUAUGGUAAACGUAAACCCAGGUUAGGAAGUCAAGAUGUGACUCAGAUCAGGAGUUCUUGGCUUGUGGUCCACGGACCCCUUUUUUACAAGGUUUUUAGGGGUCCUUGAGAUGCAUUGCCUUUGUAAUUGUAUUAUUUAUUUGUUCAUUUCUUGUACUAAAUAGAGGUCAGUUGCCUUUGUCUUACUGGCCAAAUUGUCCAUGGAUCAAAAACAAACAAAAGAAUUAAGAACUCCUGAUCUAGAUACUUCUCAUUUGAUGGACACAUAUUGUAGCAGUAAUAUUGAUGUUUAUGUUCAGUUUAAUCAAUGUGGGUGUGCAUAUGACAGUGAUGCACUAAUAACGAUGCACUAAUAUUUGACUUAUCCCCCCCCCCCAAGGAUCAUGUACCACGGUUAUUUCGGCGGUGUUGUGGGGUUCUCCAAGGCCCAGUACCUGGACGUCAACGGCAACUCCAACUUGUACUUCGGUUGGGGAGGGGAAGAUGAUGAUCUCUUGUUAAGGUAAAUAUGUGUACCACUGGUGCACGGAAAGGUAAAUAUGUGUACCACUGGUGCACGGAAAGAUAACUAUGUGUGCCACCGAUGUACAUAAAGGUAACUAUAUGUGUACUACUGGUGUUUGGAAGGUAAAUAUGUGUAACACUGAUGUACGAAAGUGUCACAUAAGUACGGAAGUGUACAAUAUCUCACUUAACAUUCAUGAUCUAUGGAACACUGAACAAGGCAACUAAUAAUAACAUUCAUGUUUUUUUUUAUCUAUAGAACACUGAACAAGACAAAUAAUAAUACAUUUGAUGUUUGUUUGAUCUAUAGAACACUGAACAAGGCAAAUAAUAAUAAUAUUGAUGUUUGUUUGAUCUAUAGAACACUGAACAAGACAACUAAUAAUAACAUUGAUGUUUUUUUGAUCUAUAGAACACUGAACAAGGCAUCUAAUAAUACAUUUGAUGUUUGUUUGAUCUAUAGAUCACUAAACAAGGCAACUAAUAAUAAUAUUGAUGUUUUUUUGAUCUAUAGAACACUGAACAAGGCAAAUAAUAAUAAUAUUGAUGUUUGUUUGAUCUAUAGAACACUGAACAAGGCAACUAAUAAUACAUUUGAUGUUUGUUUGAUCUAUAGAACACUAAACAAGGCAAAUAAUAAUAAUAUUUAAGUUUGUUUGAUCUAUAGAUCACUGAACAAGGCGACUAAUAAUAAUAUUGAUGUUUGUUUGAUCUAUAGAAAACUGAACAAGGCAACUAAUAAUACAUUUGAUGUUUGUUUGAUCUAUAGAUCACUGAACAAGGCAACUAAUAAUAAUAUUGAUGUUUGUUUGAUCUAUAGAACACUGAACAAGGCAAAAAAUAAUAAUAUUGAUGUUUGUUUGAUCUAUAGAACACUGAACAAGGCAUACAAACACGUGAGGUUGAACACUCAAGUUUACCACUAUCGAAUGUUGAAACAUGAGCGGAAUGACAGGAAGAGAGGAAACGUGGACAGGUGAGAGAGGAAUGACAAGAGAAAGGGUCACGUGGAUAGGUGAGAGAGGAAUGACAAGAGAAAGGGUCACGUGGACAGGUGAGAGAUGAAUGACAAGAGAAAGGGAAACGUGGACAGGUGAGAGAGGAAUGACAAGAGAAAGGGGCACGUGGAUAGGUAAGAGAGGAAUGACAAGAGAAAGAGAAACGUGGACAGGUGAGAGAUGAAUGACAAGAGAAAGGGAAACGUGGACAGGUGAGAGAGGAAUGACAAGAGAAAGGGAAACGUGGACAGGUGAGAGAGGAAUGACAAGAGAAAGGGUCAGUGGAUAGGUAAGAGAGGAAUGACAAGAGAAAGGGAAACGUGGACAUGUGAGAGAGGAAUGACAAGAGAAAGGGGUACGUGGAUAGGUAAGAGAGGAAUGACAAGAGAAAGGGAAACGUGGACAGGUGAGAGAGGAAUGACAAGAGAAAGGGUAACGUGGACAGGUGAGAGAGGAAUGACAAGAGAAAGGGGCACGUGGAUAGGUAAGAGAGGAAUGACAAGAGAAAGGGUAGCGUGGACAGGUAAGGGAGGAAUGACAAGAGAAAGGGGCACGUGGAUAGGUAAGAGAGGAAGGACAAGAGAAAGGGUAACGUGGACAGGUUAGAGAGGAAUGACAAGAGAAAGGGGCACGUGGAUAGGUAAGAGAGGAAUGACAAGAGAAAGGGUAGCGUGGACAGGUAAGGGAGGAAUGACAAGAGAAAGGGGCACGUGGAUAGGUAAGAGAGGAAGGACAAGAGAAAGGGUAACGUGGACAGGUUAGAGAGGAAUGACAAGAGAAAGGGGCACGUGGAUAGGUAAGAGAGGAAUGACAAGAGAAAGGGUAGCGUGGACAGGUAAGGGAGGAAUGACAAGAGAAAGGGGCACGUGGAUAGGUAAGAGAGGAAGGACAAGAGAAAGGGUAACGUGGACAGGUUAGAGAGGAAUGACAAGAGAAAGGGGCACGUGGAUAGGUAAGAGAGGAAUGACAAGAGAAAGGGUAGCGUGGACAGGUAAGGGAGGAAUGACAAGAGAAAGGGGCACGUGGAUAGGUAAGAGAGGAAGGACAAGAGAAAGGGUAACGUGGACAGGUUAGAGAGGAAUGACAAGAGAAAGGGGCACGUGGAUAGGUAAGAGAGGAAUGACAAGAGAAAGGGUAGCGUGGACAGGUAAGGGAGGAAUGACAAGAGAAAGGGAAACGUGGACAGGUGAGAGAGGAAUGACAAGAGAAAGGGAAACGUGGACAGGUGAGAGAGGAAUGACAAGAGAAAGGGUCACGUGGAUAGGUAAGAGAGGAAUGACAAGAGAAAGGGAAACGUGGACAGGUGAGAGAGGAAUGACAAGAGAAAGGGAAACGUGGACAGAUGAGAGAGGAAUUACAAGAGAAAGGGUCACGUCGUCAGGUGAGAGAUGAAUGACAAGAGAAAGGGUAGCGUGGACAGGUAAGAGAGGAAUGACAAGAGAAAGGGAAACGUGGACAGGUGAGAGAGGAAUUACAAGAGAAAGGGUCACGUUGUCAGGUGAGAGAUGAAUGACAAGAGAAAGGGAAACGUGGACAGGUGAGAGAGGAAUGACAAGAGAAAGGGUCACGUGGAUAGGUAAGAGAGGAAUGACAAGAGAAAGGGAAACGUGGACAGGUGAGAGAUGAAUGACAAGAGAAAGGGAAACGUGGACAGGUGAGAGAGGAAUGACAAGAGAAAGAGAAACGUGGACAGGUGAGAGAGGAAUGACAAGAGAAAGGGUCACGUGGAUAGGUAAGAGAGGAAUGACAAGAGAAAGGGAAACGUGGACAGGUGAGAGAGGAAUGACAAGAGAAAGGGUAACGUGGACAGGUGAGAGAGGAAUGACAAGAGAAAGGGAAACGUGGACAGGUGAGAGAUGAAUGACAAGAGAAAGGGGCACGUGGACAGGUAAGAGAGGAAUGACAAGAGAAAUGGAAACGUGGACAGUUGAGAGAGGAAUGACAAGAGAAAGAGGCACGUGGAUAGGUAAGAUAGGAAUGACAAGAGAAAGGGUAACGUGGACAGGUGAGAGACGAAUGACAAGAGAAAGGGGCACGUGGAUAGGUAAGAGAGGAAUGACAAGAGAAAGGGUAGCGUGGACAGGUAAGGGAGGAAUGACAAGAGAAAGGGAAACGUGGACAGGUGAGAGAGGAAUGACAAGAGAAAGGUAAACGUUGACAGGUAAGAGAGGAAUGACAAGAGAAAGGGAAACGUGGACAGGUGAGAGAGGAAUGACAAGAGAAAGGGAAACGUGGAUAGGUAAGAGAGGAAUGACAAGAGAAAGGGGCACGUGGAUAGGUAAGAGAGGAAUGACAAGAGAAAGGGUAACGUGGACAGGUGAGAGAGGAAUGACAAGAGAAAGGGGCACGUUGAUAGGUAAGAGAGGAAUGACAAGAGAAAGGGUAGCGUGGACAGGUAAGGGAGGAAUGACAAGAGAAAGGGAAACGUGGACAGGUGAGAGAGAAAUGACAAGAGAAAGGUAAACGUUGACAGGUAAGAGAGGAAUGAUAAGAGAAAGGGUCACAUGGAUAGGUAAGAGAGGAAUGACAAGAGAAAGGGAAACGUGGACAGGUAAGGGAGGAAUGACAAGAGAAAGUGUCACGUUGAUAGGUAAGAAAGGAGUGACAAGAGAAAGGGAAACGUGGACAAGUAAGGGAGGAAUGACAAGAGAAAGGGAAACGUGGACAGGUAAGAGAGGAAUGACAAGAGAAAGGGAAACGUUGACAGGUAACAGAGUAAUGUUGAUAUUGACACAGUAAUGUUGAUGUAUGGAUGAAUUGUGUCAAUUUUUAAAUUUUUUUUAAUUUUUUUUUUGGUGUGUUGGGGGUAUCAUUCUACAGAUGUUAAGAUCGCAAUGUUGAUUUCUGAACUGUGAUACUGAUGGUUGGGUGAUGCGAUGAUGGUAAUGGUGAUACUGAUGGUUGGGUGGAUGCAAUGAUGGGAAUGGUGAUACUGAUGGUUGGGUUGAUGCACUGAUGGUAAUGGUGAUACUGAUGGUUUGGUGGAUGCAAUGAUGGUAAUGGUGAUAGAGAAUGCAUGUUAUUCCAUAGCAUAGAAAUUGAUUGAUAUGGAGUAAUAUAAUGAGCCAAUAAAAACGAAGCUUCCUUCGUGAAGACAAUAGUUGUGUAUAAAAUCAUGAUCACUGAAAGCAUUAUCAAAAUGAUAAAAGUGUCAACGCUGACUGACACAGUUCUAACCAUUGAAUUGUUAUACAAACAUCCAUAAAAGUGUCAACGCUGACUGACACAGUUCUAACCAUUGAAUUGUUAUACCAACAUCCAUAAAAGUGUCAACGCUGACUGACACAGUUCUAACCAUUGAAUUGUUAUACCAACAUCCAUAAAAGUGUCAACGCUGACUGACACAGUUCUAACCAUUGAAUCGUUAUACCAACAUCUAUGCAGAAAACUCUUACUGACGACCGCAGAGGACCGCCAGGACAUGGAAGGACUCAGCACCACAAAGUACAAACUAAACGAUGCACACUACGAGCCUCUCUAUGUCUGGAUUAAUGUGUCCAUGAAUGUAACCGAAAUACUCCAGGUGAGAGCAGGUGUGAGUGUAAGAUAUACUCCAGGUGAGAGCAGGUGUGAGUGUAAGAUAUACUCCAGGUGAGAGCAGGUGUGAGUGUAAGAUAUACUCCAGGUGAGAGCAGGUGUGAGUGUAAGAUAUACUCCAGGUGAGAGCAGGUGUGAGUGUAAGAUAUACUCCAGGUGACAGCAGGUGUGAGUGUAAGAUAUACUCCAGGUGAGAGCAAGUGUGAGUGUAAGAUAUACUCCAGGUGAGAGCAGGUGUGAGUGUAAGAUAUACUCCAGGUGAGAGCAGGUUUGAGUGUAAGAUAUACUCCAGGUGAGCGCAGGCUUGAGUGUAAGAUAUACUCCAGGUGAGCGCAGGCUUGAGUGUAAGAUAUACUCCAGGUGAGAGCAGGUUUGAGUGUAAGAUAUACUCCAGGUGAGAGCAGGCUUGAGUGUAAGAUAUACUCCAGGUGAGAACAGGCUUGAGUGUAAGAUAUACUCCAGGUGAGAGCAGGCUUGAGUGUAAGAUAUACUCCAGGUGAGAGCAGGUUUGAGUGUAAGAUAUACUCCAGGUGAGAGCAGGCUUGAGUAUACCAAAUACUCUAGGUGAGAUCAAAUGUGAGUGUAAGAAAUACUCCAGGUGAGAGCAGGUGUGAGUGUAACAGAAAAACUACUUGUGACAGUAGUUUCCAAUGGUAAUUUCCAAUAGAAAUGGUUACCCGGUACACAUAUAAAUGAAUUAGAAGUUACCAGGUUUGGUAUAUUUUAACCUGUGUAUGAAUGAACACCUCUAUAAUGACGUAGACAUAAUCUCACCUUUACCCCUCCUCUCCCCCCCCCCCAAAAAAAAUCGUUGAAAUGCAACCAAAGUUAAGUUUAUUUUUAAAUUAGUCUUACACGUUGUCAGUAAAGUAACUUGGGUCCUGUAAUAGUUUGGGCUGAGUGGGUCCUGCAAUGCCUGUGACUGCAGUGGUUACUGCAAUACCUUUGACUGCAGUGGGUCCUGCAAUACCUUUGACUGCAGUGGGUCCUGCAAUACCUUUGACUGCAGUAGCUUCUGCAAUACCUUUGACUGCAGUGGGUCCUGCAAUACCUUUGACUGCAGUGGGCUCUGCAAUACCUGUGACUGCAGUGGGUUCUGCAAUACCUUCGACUGCAGUGGGCUAUGCAAUACAUGUGACUGCAAUGGGUUCUGCAAUACCUUCGACUGCAGUGGGCUCUGCAAUACCUGUGACUGCAGUGGGUUCUGCAAUACCUUUGACUGAAGUGGGCUCUGCAAUACCUGUGACUGCAGUGGGUUCUGCAAUACCUUUGACUGCAGUGGGUUCUGCAAUACCUUUGACUGCAGUGGGCUCUGCAAUACCUGUGACUGCAGUGGGUUCUGCAAUACCUUUGACUGCAGUUGGCUCUGCAAUACCUGUGACUGCAGUGGGCUCUGCAAUGUCUUGGGUUUCAGUGGGCCGCAGUUAAUUAACGGGCCCGUUUUUUUAAUGUGGAAAUCAAUAAUAAAAACUGUAAUUGUCUUGACCAGUUAAAUAUGUGGCUGUUGUGGCAUGUCAUUGUCUUGACCAGUUAAAUAUGUGACUAUUGUGACACUCUAUAAAAUUACUUUUCAAAAAAAAACCCACGAGUUACCAAAGCAACAGAUCAUCCUGACAAGAACAUUUUCAUGUUUGAAAUAAAACGUUUGUUGAAAAUGGGGAGGGGGGAGGGGGGUCAACUUUCGCAUACUAUUUCUUGCCCCUUAUCGUUUCUUAGUAACGAAAAAAAGAUUUAAAACGUCCUGUUUUUUAAAUCGUUGCUUAUAUUUUGAAUCAGCCAGGAACUAGAAAGCAGGAGGCGAAAUGGGUCGACACUUUCCAUGAUGAGCAAGACUUUAUUUAAGAUUAACUUAAAAUAAUGUCUUUUAUGCAUACAAAUGCAAGCACAGUUUAAUUAUAGAUCAAAUUCAAUCAUCCCCUAAAAAAAUUUAAAUGUUAAUUUCAAUUAUUUAUUUCAUUGCGCCGCUAAAGGUUUGCUACUUAUAACAAAUUAGUUCAAGAAUGAAAGUGAGCUCCCACUGGUGUCAGUAGAUUGGAUCUAAAGUGCUUUAUCAUUUAAAUGGUCGAUUAGAAAAUACAGUUGCGAGACCAGUUGUUGUGGUGUUUUGACUUUUAAAAUAAUAAAUUAAGGGCAAUCCUCCGAAGUCCGGUCCCAAAUUAUUUCGUAUGAAAAAAAAUUGCAAUGUACAGUGUCUAUUGUUAGAAAACAGCAGAAAUGUUAGUCAUAGCUUUUGCAAAUAACUGUCACCUUACAAACCAGUCAGUAAAAACUAAAUAUUGUAUUUGUAAUUGGCACAUGACAUUUGCAAAUAGCAGCCGGAAACGUUCUGCUUGUGACUGUUGCGACACUGAAGGCUCCAAGUAGCUGGCAAACAGACUGCGACUAGUAACACUCUGAUAGCGACUAGUACCACUCUGAUAGCGACUAGUACCACUCUGAUAGCGACUAGUACCACUCUGAUAGCGACUAGUACCACUCUGAUAGCGACUAGUACCACUCUGAUAGCGACUAGUACCACCCUGAUAGUGACUAGUACCACUCUGAUAGUGACUAGUACCACUCUGAUAGCGACUAGUACCACUCUGAUAGCGACUAGUACCACUCUGAUAGCGACUAGUACCACUCUGAUAGUGACUAGUACCACUCUGAUAGCGACUAGUGUCACUCUGACAGCGACUAGUACCACUCUGAUAGUGACUAGUACCACUCUGAUAGCGACUAGUACCACUCUGAUAGCGACUAGUACCACUCUGAUAGUGACUAGUACCACUCUGAUAGCGACUAGUACCACUCUGAUAGCGACUAGUGCCACUCUGACAGCGACUAGUACCACUCUGAUAGCGACUAGUACCACUCUGAUAGCGACUAGUACCACUCUGAUAGCGACUAGUACCACUCUGAUAGCGACUAGUGCCACUCUGACAGCGACUAGUACCACUCUGAUAGCGACUAGUACCACUCUGAUAGCGACUAGUGCCACUCUGACAGCGACUAGUGCCACUCUGAUAGUGACUAGUACCACUCUGAUAGCGACUAGUACCACUCUGAUAGCGACUAGCACCACUCUGACAGCGACUAGUACCACUCUGAUAGCGACUAGUACCACUCUGAUAGUGACUAGUACCACUCUGAUAGCGACUAGUAACACUCUGAUAGUGACUAGUAACACUCUGAUAGUGACUAGUAACACUCUGAUAGCGACUAGUACCACUCUGAUAGCGACUAGUACCACUCUGAUAGCGACUAGUACCACUCUGAUAGCGACUAGUACCACUCUGUUAGCGGAGUUUACGUUUCGCUUGCAUCCAAAGUCCUUCAGUAGUUUCUGUGUGAAUGUCCUGGUCUACUGUCUACUGGAUCAACAAAUACCCGCGCGUGCACAGUGACAGCGUGAACAUAACCUCCGUUGUUGAGCUGAGCGACAUGUUGAUAUCCUCGCCAAGCGUCCGUGACGAUAGCUGUCCCUGGUAACACAUGAUGAGUGAUAAUGCGCUCGAGUGUUUGUGCAUCUCGACGGCCGGCAAUCUCCAUCCAACAUCGUCCACUAACGCAAACAUGAAUUUCAAAACAGAAUGAUGCCCAAGACUUUUAAGUAAGGAGUAAUCAUUGGAAAUAAUUUGGGACCGAAAAUCCGGAGGAUUGCCUAAAUUAAGUAUCCUUUACUAACAAUAUGCUUACGCUACGCAUAUUGCCGUGUGUGAACCCAUCAUAGCAAUCAUACUGUACACAGGACCAAAUCCCAUAAUUGCCGUGUGUGAACCCAUCAUAGCAAUCAUACCGUACACAGGACUCAUUAUCGCAUAUUGCCUUGUGAGAACCCAUCAUUCCAAUCAUACCGUACACAGGACUCAUUAUCGCGUAUUGCCUUGUGAGAACCCAUCAUUCCAAUCACACCGUACACAGGACUCAUUAUCGCAUAUUGCCUUGUGAGAACCAAUCAUUCCAAUCAUGCCGUACACAGGACUCAUUAUCGCAUAUUGCCUUGUGUGAACCCAUCAUUCCAAUCAUACCGUACACAGGACUCAUUAUCGCAUAUUGCCUUGUGAGAACCAAUCAUUCCAAUCAUGCCGUACACAGGAUUCAUUAUCGCAUAUUGCCUUGUGUGAACCCAUCAUUCCAAUCAUACCAUUAUUUGCUUUAAUAAAUCCACUAAAUUGAUGGAAGUUGUCACAAGCAGCAAAGAUUGCUGUGUUCCUCCAUGAGGUCACCAUCAAAUAAUUUGAAAUGUUACACUUUGUAAAAAUUAGUUACUAACAAAAAAUAAGCUGAUCAACAUUUUAAAUGAUGGGGGCCCGAAACCAAGAAGUGGCAGAUGUCCUCAUACGUCACAGUAUACGGCUCCGGUUAUCCUUGAACCAUGACCUCUUUCACAAAAUACGAUUCUACAGAAUUAUAUAUCAAUAAAUAUUUUAAAAUUAAUAUCAAUAAACAUGUUCUAAAUUAUAUAUUGAUCAAAAUGUUAUUUCUUUACAAAAUAGACUGCGCCAGAUUUCACGAUGGACGUUCUGAAGCCACGACGUCCUGACAACGUGGCAAGCUGAGAGAACUCGUGUGAUCAUUGUUUGACACCGGACUAUGAUAGACGAGAUGGACACAGGAGAAUUUUACUGAGAAAAGAGAAUAACAUUUUCGUUGUUUGUAAAUGACAGUUAACCAUUGGCGUUGGCAAAUAAUGUCACUGGUGAUCAGAAAUGUCACUCGUCCUAUAUAGCAUUGACCGUUGACCGGGCUGUCUGUUUAACGUUCUACACAUGCGUCAUUCCACUCAUGCGUCAUUCCACUCAUGUGUCAUUCCACUCAUGCGUCACUCAGUCUUCUAACGCCAAAUGGACAAGUCAACAAAGAACAAACCAGUUGAACAUUGACUUCAAAGGCCAACUUUCUGACAACAUUUAGAAGAUAUAACACAUUCAAACAUACUCAUGGCCAGGGGCAUCUACACCGGGGUGGGGGGGGGAGCAGUUGCUUCGAAUCUGAGUUAGGGAGGGGGAGUAGCCCCCGCCCCCUUCCUGUCUCUUGAAUUUCCCCUGGUAACAAAAUUAACAUGGGAAAGAAAACAAAACAACUUUACAGUGACUAACAUUUUUUUUUAAUGUUCUCGGGUUGGGG